GGGGGAGGGGGAACGGGAGUCAGUCUGCCUUGGGGGCUGGGUAGUAAAAAGCAAAAGGAGUGACUAGGCUGCGCUUCAGCCACUCUUUGCUUGAUUUUGUCUCCGCAAACUUCUGUGUCGCAACCUCCAGCACAGCCAUUGAUUGUACACAGCUCUGCAUCUAGGGGGAUGUGGUGCCAUAAGUUGUUGCACCUACAAAGCAGGCUGCAGAAUUUGAUGAAGAGAGGAGACAUAGGUCAAGCUCUUCACCUGUCCAACUUUAAAAGUUUAUUUUCCUUAUCCACCCAUUGGCGCCAUACAUCUUCCAAGUCUGUGAAUUGUACUUGGCUCCAACAUGAAGAUCAUUUGGAGCUGCAAUAUGCUAAUGCUGUAAUGCGCUUUGAUUAUGUCUGGCUUCGAGACCACUGCCGCUCAGCAUCGUGCUAUAAUUCUAAGACUCAUCAACGGAGCCUGGAUACUGCCAGUGUGGAUUUAUGUAUCAAGCCAAAGACCAUUCGCCUGAAUGAAUCCACACUCAUCUUCACUUGGCCAGAUGGUCAUGUGACUAGAUAUGAUCUGGAUUGGCUGGUGAAAAAUAGCUAUGAAGGGCAGAAACUAAAGGUAAUCCAACCUAGAAUAUUAUGGAAUGCUGAACUCUAUCAGCAAGCCCAAGUUCCAGCUAUAGAUUUCCAGAGUUUAUUAGAAACAAACGAUGAACUGAAGAAGUUUCUGCAGAACCUUCUGCUAUAUGGAAUUGCAUUUGUAGAAAAUGUCCCUCCCACUCAAGAGCAUACAGAGAAGUUGGCGGAAAGGAUCAGUUUAAUCAGAGAAACCAUCUAUGGAAGGAUGUGGUAUUUCACUUCAGAUUUUUCCAGAGGUGACACUGCCUACACCAAGCUAGCUCUAGAUCGGCACACUGACACUACCUACUUUCAAGAGCCCUGUGGCAUUCAAGUUUUUCAUUGUCUUAAGCAUGAAGGAACAGGUGGCAGGACACUGUUAGUGGAUGGAUUCUAUGCAGCACAACAAGUGCUUCAAAAAGCACCUGAGGAAUUUGAGCUCCUCAGCAAAGUGCCAUUGCAGCAUGAAUACAUUGAAAAUGUUGGAGAAUGUCACAACCACAUGAUUGGGAUUGGGCCAGUCUUAAAUAUCUACCCAUGGAAUAAAGAGCUCUAUUUGAUCAGGUACAACAACUAUGACCGGGCUGUCAUCAACACUGUUCCUUAUGAUGUUGUUCAUCGUUGGUAUACAGCACACCGAACCCUAACAACUGAAUUGAGAAGGCCUGAGAAUGAGCUUUGGGUCAAACUGAAGCCUGGAAAGGUACUGUUUAUAGACAAUUGGCGAAUCCUUCAUGGCAGGGAAUCAUUCACUGGUUACCGCCAACUCUGUGGCUGCUAUUUAACAAGAGAUGAUGUGCUAAAUACUGCUCGUCUCUUGGGGCUUCAUGCUUAAAAUUGAAAGCCCUGGGAUUAUGAGUACACUUGGCAUCCUGCUACCAGAAUUUUGUAUCAACACAACAAUAUUAUGUCAACAUUUGUUUCACUUUGUCUCCUUCCUAUUCUAUGAAACAGAAGAUUAUCCUUACUUUACCAGGAAAAACCUGUUAAAGAGGGGCUUCAAAAUUACCUAAUGUCAUCCAUCUACUAGGGUAACUGUCUUCCCAAGUUAUAUGAUCCUCCUCUUUUCCAAACUUUUUGAUGUAAUUAAUCACUGUAGUUAAGAAAUGUAAUCUCCAUAUUAAAAGGAAACUAAUAUUAUGUAAUUUGUCUUCUGCUAAAUCAGAAUGCCAUAUAUUCUAGAAAUGACAAAAUUUUGAUAAAGCAACAUUUGUGAAACGUUUUCAUCUUUUAUAAUACAUUUGACUAAUAAUAUGUGCUUACUUAUAUUUUGAAUAUAUCCUAUGAUAUUUUCUAGUUUCUUCCAAUUUCAGCAGAUGAUGGAAUAUUGCUUUUCUAUUUAAUGACUGAAUAGUAUUCUACUGUGACACAUUUUUGUUACCUGUUAAUGGAAAGCAAGGUUGAUUCCUUAUUUUAGCUACUGUUAAUAAUAUAUUGAAAACCCUGGUCAUGCAGAUUUGCUGUGAUAAACAGAUUUAAUUUUCCAUUGGUGUGUAAUAUAAUCAGAGAGGGCAUAUAAAUAAAACAGUAGUUUUGU